AUGGUCGUGAGGUCCUUUGAUUUGGACACAGACCCAUUCGGUCCUAAGAAGGACGAUGAGGAUGUCCUGGGUCUAGAAGUGCCAUACCUCAGUGUCAUAGGAGCAUUAAUGAAUGAACCACCUCCUCUUAUACUUAGACGUCGUCCUCUUAAUGGUAACCCUAUAAACAAGCACAAAGGCUUCCUUUCAAUGCGGUUCCCAGAACAUAACGUAACCGUUGAGUAUCAUAGAACACCAUUUCUGGUCGUGGUUGCUAGGCCACCUGAAAACUCACCAGAAGAUGUCAAGAUGAUUGUUAGAGUCGAUGAGUUCAACUGGCAGUCUAAAAGAUGGGUCGGGUCUGAUGUUCUUGUCUAUACAGGACAUUGGUGGAACGAAGACAAAACCUUUAACAUAGGUUGUUAUUUUCAGGAGUGAGGUAAACUGAACAAGACAAUGGGAGUAAUGGAGGGGUUUAAGAAGUCUUUAAAGACAUGGAAGUCAUGGGUCUUAGAGAAACUAGAUCAUGAGAGUAGUUAUGUCUUCUUCGGAAGCUUCUCUCCUGUGCAUUACAGGAAUGGGACAUGGAACUUAGGUGGUUUGUGUGACGCAGAUACAAAUCCAGAAACUGAUAUGAAGAAGAUGGAACCUGACCCUAUUCAAAACACUUAUGUCUCUGAAGUAAUACAAGAAAUGAGAUAUGAACAUAGUAAGGUUAAGUUUCUGAACCUUUAG